UUGGAUGGAGGAGGUGCUCUGUAGGCGGAUAACUCACACACUUAAAGCAGCCCACUUUAAACCGCGUCCAGUUCAAUUGAGCUGUGCCAUACGCGAAAAAUUAGCUGGGAAGACGUUACACCCGGAUCGCAUUGUUAAUUCAUUGGGUCUGUAGUGGGAGAAGACAGCACGAGACACCGUGAGCGAGACAACGCAAGGACGAGACAGGACUGGUGGGGAGCAAUUUAGGAACUCCUCUGGGACAGUAUUUCGUAUUGACACCUUAGAGGAGAGAGGAGGACAGCCACUAGGACUUCACACACUCAGAGAGGGAUCACUGGACGAGUCCGUCUGCAACCAUGGAAGCUGCUACAUCUGAGAUGAACACCAUUCCCAAUGGAAAGGGACACGAGACAGCGGAGGGGACGACCUCUUCUGCCAAAUCACCAGCCGACAACUCCGCACAAGAAACUGUAUCCAGCUGUACCCAAAACUCGACGGAAACUGCACCUAGUGCAUCACAAACUGCCACCGCCAACAGAACUGAGGAUACUGAAGCAAAUCUGGCAGAAAGCCAUGAGUUUCUGUCUCCAGUGGAUGACAAAAAAACUCCCCGCUUCACAGAUUUCGAGGGGAAGACCUCCUUUGGAAUGUCCGUGUUCAACCUGGGAAAUGCCAUUAUGGGCAGUGGAAUUCUGGGAUUGGCAUACGCCAUGGCCAACACUGGCAUCGUCUUGUUUUUGUUCCUGCUGACGGCAGUGGCAGGCCUCUCCUCCUACUCCAUCCAUUUGCUGCUCAAGUCCUCAGGCAUCGUGGGCAUCAGAGCAUAUGAACAGCUGGGUUACCGGGCUUUCGGGACACCAGGAAAAAUGGCUGCUGGCAUUGCAAUCACCCUGCAGAAUAUUGGAGCCAUGUCCAGCUACCUGUACAUCAUCAAGUAUGAGCUUCCCCUGGUCAUCCAAGCCUUCUGCGGCGUGGAUAAGCCAUCAGGCGAGUGGUACCUGAAUGGGAACUACCUGGUGAUCAUCGUGUCCAUAAGCGUGAUCCUGCCACUGGCCCUGAUGAAGCAGCUCGGGUAUCUGGGCUACACCAGUGGCUUCUCCCUCAGCUGUAUGGUGUUCUUCCUGAUUUCUGUCAUAUACAAGAAGUUCCAGUUGCCCUGCCCCUUUGAGGAGUUCUCCUUUAACAGGACGAUCACGGCCAGCCUGAUGAACGCCAGUGUAAUAGCAGAACCUCGAGGGGUGAUCGAGUCGGUGAUCGACCCGACAUGUGUGCCUAAAAUGUUCAACAUCAACUCAAAGACAGCCUACACAAUCCCCAUCCUGGCAUUCGCCUUCGUGUGCCACCCCGAAGUCCUGCCCAUCUACACAGAGCUACGCAACCCCACCAAGAAAAAGAUGCAGCAUGUGUCCAACAUCUCCAUCGCAGUCAUGUACACCAUGUACUUCCUGGCUGCUCUGUUUGGAUAUCUGACCUUCUAUGAGAGAGUAGAGUCUGAGCUGCUGCACACCUACAGCAGAAUUGAUCCGUACGACACCCUCAUCCUGUGCGUGCGUGUUGCUGUGCUCACGGCCGUCACACUCACCGUACCCAUAGUGCUCUUCCCGGUGCGUCGGGCCAUCCAGCAGAUGCUGUUCCCCAACAAGACCUUCUUCUGGCCGAGGCACAUUGCCAUCGCCUUUGUUCUGCUCACCAUCAUCAACCUGCUGGUCAUCUUUGCCCCCAACAUCCUGGGCAUCUUUGGGUUCAUUGGUGCCACAUCUGCCCCCUGUCUAAUCUUCAUCUUCCCUGCGGUCUUCUACAUCCGCAUCGUGCCCAAAGAGGACGAACCUCUGCGCUCUCCCCCCAAGAUUCUGGCCAUCUGUUUUGCCAUCCUCGGAAUCCUGUUUAUGAUAAUGAGCUUGAGCUUCAUCAUCAUCGAUUGGACAACAGGGAGCAGUAAAGCCAGCAGUGGUCACUAAACCCCUCCCACCAUCACGUAUAAGUGGGGUGUUUUGUUUUUAUAAUUUAAUUUUUAUCUCCUGUGUAUCAUUUGGGUCAUUAUUGUAGAGAAUGCACUCUCUCUCUCUCUCUCUCUCUCUGUUUCUCUCUCUAUCUCUAUCUCUCUCUGUCUCUGUCUCUGUCUCUCGUUCUCUCUCUCUGUGGAAAGUUGAGAAAAGGCCAGUGUACAGCAGGGGCAUUCAGAGGCCUGGAUAGUUACUGCAGUCUUUUCAAAGCGUUAGUUCCUUGUGUCCUUGGCUUCCACUCAGAGCCACGUUGUCUGUGUCUGUCUCCGUGUCUGUGAAGGUGCCCGCCAAAGUUACCCUGCUCCAAAAUAAGCAAUCCCAACUUUCCAGGAUAGAAAAAGAUGGUGCAUUCUCUCCAAGCAAAGGGUGUCUCACCUCUCAAGCAGACUUGCUAAAAAAAACUGGUCCCAUUUCUCAUCUCCCACAACUGAGUAGGAACACUCAGUGUUUUGUUUUGUUAUGUUUUGUUUUGUUUUGCGUGUCUCUUUGUAAGGACCUCUCACCUCCACAAAUGCAGAGCCACGGUCUUUGGGAGAACCUCGAAAAGCCUCGAAGGAUGGGAGGUGGCGUGGGUGUGCUCUCAUAGUAGUCCCUGUACCUGUGGUGCAACAGUCAACUGUAAUAAGUUAUUAUUAUCCACUAGCACAAUGGCAAUAUUCUGUGCAAUAGCUGAAGGAAGGGCUUGACCAGGAAAGCUAGCUGGCAGACUAAUUCUUUUCGUGGAAACAUAGCCUUUUGCUUUUUUUUUUUUUUUGGUAGUUUUGUUUUGUUGUCAUGGUCCACCCCACUGUGUUAGCCACAUCUAGUUUUAGAUACAUUUAUGAAAUAUGUGAGAUGUGUCAACAUGUAUGCAGCAUACAUACAAACGGUAUGCAGACUUUAGGGUUACACUUGAUACAAAAAAAACAUACAUCUGUGUCUAUAUCUCAUAAAACCAUCCUGGCUCAGUGGCAUCAGAGCUUCUUGAUUCUUAUCUACUCUUCCAGGAAAGCAUAUCGGUCAGUGACACUGUUCUGGAAAGUUCCUAGUUAUUUCAAGAACAUCUUCUGAUCUCGUGUGUGUUUUUAGCUGUGUCCUGUAUAUCAGUAUCUCUAUGUUUGGGUUGAAAACACUUGUAACCUCUGAUUCACGAUGGCCGCCAUUAUGUCACUGUAAACAGAUGCUGUUUGUUUUGUGAAAAGGUCAGUUGGUUUUAGGGUUUUUUCCAUGGCGGUGGUUGUGUGGUGGAGUUAUCUUGUUGUUUCUGAGUAUUACACAGAAAGUAGUCAGAGAUAACCAAAAAGUGUAUAAGUAUAUAAACAAAAGUCUAUAGAUAAAGUAUAUAAAUGAAUUUACAGGGUCCUCUCUUCUUAAGGAGAGUUUAAGGAGGAUAUAUGUAAACAGUUUUGCUUAUUAGAGAUUCAACUCAUCUAGAGGCUGAGUUGUUCUCAACACUUUAGCAGCUGCUGUGUUUUCCUGUCUAUGUGGUAUCUGUGUGCAUAAUGUGCAUACGUGUGUGUGUGUGUGUGUGUGUGUGUAUGUGUGUGUGUGUGUGUGUGUGUGUGUGUGUGUGCGCAUGUGCGUGUGUGUGUGUGUGUGUUGGCAGGUAUGUUUGCAACACUAGUUUUUUAGGUCCACCCACACAUCGGGAGGGAUUAGGGCUUUUUCUGCUCGGCCAAACUCGAGUGGCAGAAUAAAAAAUCUGCGGGAUUAAGGUUUGAGAUUGGAUUGAAUUUUGUUAGGUUUGACCUCAUUCAGCAAAGGUCACUGCCUGUAAUGCAUGGCUGUGUAGCUGUGACCAGAUAGUAGCUACUGUAUAGCACUUUCAUUCUAAAGCACAACAUACAUAGAGCCAUUAAUCAACUGACUGGGUGAAAUUAUGUUGUGAACAAGUACUCAUAGCGUAAUGUGUUUUGUAGGCGUAAUUACACGGCAUACUGUAUGGGCUGUAACGUUCAACUAAUCUUUAAGUGAAAUGUGGUAUUGAAAUUCUUAAUAAGGCACAAGAAACUGCUCUCAGAAAAUGUUGAAUUUGUUGUCUAACAUGGUACAAGAAUAUUUUUUAUUUUAUUAUUAUUUUUUAAUUAUAAUCAGUGCUUACCGUCCCAAAUUGUCUGUGCUGCCCCAUGUUAAGCGGCCAUUGUCAUUUAUAGUGUUAACAUUGUGAUGUGAUAUCCGUCCUCGUCCUCCAAGUAUGGGGAAAACUGUAAGACUCAUUCAGUGGAUGUCCUGUAAGGAUCAGUACAUAUCAUUCAAAAGAUGAGGAAAAAAGAAAACGCUAUACUAAAAACUAUAAACAUAAAGUAGGUGUAUUAAACCGUGGUACUUUUUUAGAUGGGUUUUGUGAGAUUUCCAAUGGAUUGAUGGACCAUGUGUUUAAUUGCAUUAUUAAUCUCGGAUCAGUUUCAAGGCCUGGAGCAGUCAGUCCCCCCCCCCCCGCGCGCUCCGAACAUACAAAGGAUAUUGACAAGAAGGAGGCUUAAAAGAUCAAUGAAGUCCAUCCAUUGCAUAGGCUUCUUCAUCCUUGAGUGGUUCAGAGUAGUAUUCUUCUGUAGCAUCUGAGAAGACUCAACGUUGUCUUUUUCCAUGUCGGAUAUGCAUAUCCUUACAGCACAGAGUUUGGUAAUAAUAGUGUUCCUGAUAUUUUUGAUAUAUAUUUUAAUGUUUAUUUUGUCAACAAAUAAAAGAAAUAUAUAUAAAUGGUUUUGUACCACAAAACCUCUUUCUCCCCUUGGUCAUGGAUUCCUUUGACCAGGUGUGUGUGCGUACAGUAUGUGUCAGUAUUCAGAGACAUGUCGGUCAAUAUUAUCAUUUCCUUCUCUCGUUUUAUAUGUGAGGUCUUCUGCCACCUCCGGUGUGUCAUGGUGUCAUUCUUGCUGCAUUUGUGAUGAAUUUUUGAGGAUUUAUCCCUCUGCUUUGAUCCUGUUGUUGGAAAUGAACCAGACCCGUCAGAGUCAUUCAUGUUCGACAGACUGGCAGUGAGGGGAGAAGGGUCACAGACCAGGCUCAGUACUAAUUCCUGAUAAUAUAUAUUUAAAAAAAAAAAAAACUUGAGCAUGUUGAUCGGUUCACAUUUCAAGAGCAAAACGUUAGCACUUAAAACUCGCAGUGGCAGUUAAACUUCAUCUUACUGUAUCAGAUGGCACAAAUUGAAUCAAGUGAUAAAGUGUAUAGCACAAGGCAUGGUUGAUUUGUCUGCGUACGGUCAUGAUGGCCAUUUGGUGGCUAUCGGCCUAUACGUGACAUUUCAAAGAAAUGUAAAGAGGUGAAGCACACCAGUUCCUGUUAAUGAGCGCUGGAAGGAAACGUCUGAAAGUCUGGACAAUUUCCAACAAAAACCUUUCAUGUGUCUGGUAACCAGGUCUUAUUAAUUUCACUCUUUACCCUUUGUGAUUCAGUGAAAAUAUAUAUAAAAUAUAUGGGUGAAUAACAAACUUGUAUGAGUUUCGACUUACGUGGCAGCAUUUAUAAAUAAUGUAUAUAAAUGUAAACCCUUUAUAUUCGAUAUGCACAUCUAGUUUGUACAUUGUAAAUAGAAGGAGCAGGUUUAGUCAGAUAUUAAAAAGAAACAAAUGUAAUAAUUUUUAAAGUGCUUUUUAAAAAGCCUUCAAUUUAUGUCUUUAUUUUCUGUUGUCUCCAAACAUUGAGUACAUUGCUGGCAGUUAUUGUACUGUAAACAAUGUUGAAAUAAAAAAAAGAAAGAAACUAUGA